AUGGAUGAACAACCAGGACCAUCGAACCAACCAGGUACAAAUCAACAAAGACCACCAAGGCAAAUACCAUCGAAUGAACAAGAGCCACCGAAUCCACAAGGACCAACAACUCGAACACGGUCUCGAAGUCGACUUAGAACUUCAAAUAGGAUCGCGCCAUCGAAUCAGCCUGAAACAGAUGAUCAAGGGCCUUCAAAUCAACCAGGACCUUCAAGUGAGCCGGGAUCGUCAACUCAAGAAGCACUAGCAGUUCGACGGCCUCGCAGUCGACCAGCACCUUUAUUUCGGAAGCCGCGUGGUGCCCGUGUUGAACCGGGACCGCCAAGUCAACGAGGACCGUCAAAUCAACCUGGUUUUGAUCGGGAACAUCCAGCAGUAAGAGACCUAGAACGUGAACUAAAUGCAUCGAGUCGAUCGUUGUCUCCGCCCUCACCAGAAGUCCGUAUAUCAUUAAGAGAUGUCCAACCGAAUGCUGAAGCAGUUCCUGAACAAAAUGCUGGACCAGGUGAUAGACCAGAUCGAGGUAUAGAAGCAAAUCUUGGACAAAAUGCGCAAUUAGAUGCUCAACCAAGUCUUGAAGAAGAUUCUGGUGCUUAUUCAUGUCCCGAUGCAGAUGCUGGGCUAAACAUUCAACCAGAUGUUCAACCAAAUCCCGAACAGGCUGCUCGAGGAGAUGCAGGUGAAGAAGAUCUUGGACAAGUUGCUCGACCAGAUGCUCAACCAAAUAUGGAAGAAGAUGCUGGAAUAAAUCUCGACCAGAAUAUGGAAUUAGAUGCCCCAGCUCCUGUAGAUCGCGCUCCUAUUCCUGAAGGAGGUUCUAGAGAAGUUUCGGGUCUCGAAGCAAAUGCUGGAGCAGAUCCUGGACAAAACAUUCGACCAGAUACUCAACCAGAUGAUGGAGGAGACCCGGAUUCAGAUCCAGAAGAACCUGUAGCAGGCAGAUCGCCACAACUUCCACCGUUGGACUACGAAGCUGCUUGUCACAAUUGUUUUAUCUUCCGACUCCCGAAGGAAUCCUGGAAUACGGCUUAUAUAUAGUAAGUUAAUGUAUUUGUUUGUUUUAUGGGAUUUUUAGUAGAUUUGGUUUUCAUUAUUGUAGGUAGAACUUUUUUAUUUUAAAAAUUGGGGUCUGAAUAGGAGUUUUUUAGGUAAUAUUAUUUUUUGCAGAGGUUUUUGAGUGAAACGUGUCAUUAUUGUUAUCUAUAGGUUUGGUUUACUUGUGUAAUUUUUAAAUUUUAUUUUAAGUAAUUGAUUUUCAGUGCCAAUCAAAGGGUUUACAGUGAAGAUUUGCGUGAUGAUGAUUCCUACAUGUGGUUACGUUUUGGAGCCAAUACAACUCGUUACUGCUAUUUGUUUGAGGAUUUUGUGGUGUUGUUGGACUUUGACUUUGAUAAGAUUGACGAUAAAGAAAACUACAUGUUGAGGAUCUUUGAAGUCGACUAUCCUAAGGAAAGGAUCUACGAUGUUCGUAUUUUCGACACUGGCAAGAAACUGGCAUUGCAUAUUACAAAAGAUGAGGGACAACAUGUUCGUAUCUACGAAGUGGACGCUAAUUACUGA